AUGUCGGACGCGGCUCUUCAAACCCGCGCAGAGGCAGCGGAAGCCCAGCUAAACGCUCAGGGCCCCGAUACAGUCACCUCGAACGCGAUUGAUAAUAAUAUUUUAAUUCCGUGUAUAGAUAACCUAUGGGUUCCCAAGCUCCCCCCGUUUUCACAAGUUGACCCAGAAUUGUGGUUCAUCCAGGCUGAGAUUCUCAUGAGAAAUUCUAGGAUCACUACAGAGUCCACUAAAGCCGAUACCGUACUCGCUGCACUCGAUGUCGAAGUAUUGGGAUACGUAAAGGACAUAAUUACUUUAAACCCUUCCCCAACGGAUAUUUAUGAGCAGAUUAAAGCUCGAAUUAUUGCGGCAUACGCACCUUCGGUCGAAACAAAAUUGCGAAAACUUUUAACGGGACAAGUCGGGACCGACGGAAAACCUUCGUUAAUCCUUAGUCGACUGCGCAGUCUUAAUGACGGGAACAUAGAUGAUAGUGUAAUAAAAUCAAUUUUUUUGGAUCAUCUACCACCCAAACACCGCGCGAUCCUUGUAGCUUUAGUCGACGUUACCGACCUCAACCGUCUAGCCGAGGCCGCCGACCGAAUGGCUGAGAGCAAUAUCGGAGGCGAGUCUUACGCGUCCGCCGUAAACAAGGGGAAUACACCCCCUCCCGCAAAAACCGAGAUUCAACAAUUCAUCGAAAGAAUGGAGAAGCUGGAAAAGCUGGGAAAAACACUUAAUUCGCAUUCGCGAUCCAACUCCCGCUCCGUGAAAAAUCCAAAAAACUAA